UUGUUAGGGUACAAGCUCCAUGGCAACCGGAUCACGAGGAGAGAAAGUUAAGAUUUGACGUUUUUAUCAUUAAAAACUGAGGACAGAUCAGCAGCAGAAGAUGACGCGUCUUUCCAGAAACUCAAGACCGGAAAGAGAAACUUUGCCCUGAAAUAAAAAUGCCUUCCACAAAGCUCAUUAAGCCCAAACCUGUGGAGUCCACCAAGACAAAUCUCGAAAAAAACAAAUCGGUAAGAUCAAAAGUACCCAACGGGACAGAAAGUGAACUCAAAGUGCCCGCUGUGCGUAAAAGCCGCGCGUCGAGCUGCCCGCGGUGCCCGCAGCAGCGGGGCCGGUGCGACAGGACCUCCACAGGUGUGCGGGACUCACCCGCCAAGCCGAGCGAGAGGAAAGCCAGGUCUACAUCCACUGCCCCCAAACAUACAGAGAAGAUCCCCAAAAACAACACGGACCACCGGAGGGCGACCAGCUCUGUGAGACAAGCCGAUGCCAACCAGAAAUGCCGGGACGCGACCGCGUGUGUGGGGCAGAGGGGCCCCAGAGCUGAGGCGAAGCAUGCCGAACAGAGUAACAAAGCUUUCACCGUCAUCCCCCCGAAUCCAAAGAAAAGAAGAGAGAUCCAGAGAAAGGCGGAGGCUGAACUCGUCGCUUUAGAGGAGCUUCGGCUGAGCAGAGCGAUGACCUACGUGUCCAUCAACCCCAGCAGUGUUGGUGGCUGCAUGAGUCUGGAGGAAGUGCGGCUGAAGCAGCAGCAGGAAAUGUUGCUGACAAAGAGGAAACAGAAACAGGACAUAACAACAACUUUUCUGCAUUUUAAGACAAUACCAGCAAAUAUAACCUCAUCAGAAGAGGAUUAAACUUUUUCAUCUCGGGUUUUCCUGAAUGUUUUAAAGGGUGAAAAAGCAGGUGAGGGAGGAAACUGCCGUCCUGACGAGCUGACUCGUCCCUCAUCUCGUCUCCGCUGGCAGCUCAACUGCUCACAGAGUUAAUGAACAAUGUAGAAAUAACUUUAUUUAUUGAUAAAAAUGUAAGAAUAUUAUUCACAACUCCCUUAAAAUAACAUACAUCAUCACUUUUGUAUUCAUGUAUAAAGUUAGUUAUCAGAAGAAGGAUCCAACGCAUUUCUGCCUCAUGAGAAAGUCCAGAAACAGGACGGUGCAAAAGCCUUGAUCAGCAAAUCUUCACAUUUUCCUUCAGACUCUCUUGUAAUCUUUUAAGUGAUCUUGAGCAAUAGUUUGCCAGGCUUUCUGAAAGUCUUUAUUUGGGCUGCUUUUUCACUCAUUUAAUUAUCAUUUGUAUCAAAUUCUGCUCUCAAAUCAAGCAAAAUCAAGUAAAAACACGGUUUUGGUGGACUACAGCUGUUCCUAAUAUUAUCAGUUGCUUUCUGACUUGCAGUUAAAGGCAGGUUACACCGUUAUGUCCUCUGACCUUUGGGACAUCACGUCGUCAGGAUUUCUGAAAGUCUUUUUACUGUUGCAGGAAUAAGAAAACAUCAAACACAUAGAUAUUCUUUUCUGUUUCUUCUGUUUUUCUUUUCUUAUGUAGAACACUGUGUAAGUGGUGGGUUUGGGCAGCUCAGAUAGGAUGAAAUCUGUCAGGGACACUGACAUGAAACACAAGAUUUAAAACAUCUAAAUAAAUAUUAUGAAGCAACAGUUUGGCCUCAAUGUGGUCCACUGGUUGGAUUUAAAGUGGUUUCGGACAAAAAUCCCUGUGACAUU